UAGUUGCGUGUCGACCGCCCUACGGAACGGACGUGCGCUGCAGUGCCGCGGAAAGCCUCUCGCCACCGGCCGUAACUAAAAAGAAAAGUGGGGAAAAGUUGGAGUGUUACCGCAGUGUCAUUGAAUUUUAUGCAAAAGUGUUCGUAUGACCUAGGAUACAUUGUGAUGGUUGACAGUUUUGGCGGGAAGCACUUUGGUCGGCACGAAUGGCUUUGCUGAGGUGUUGGAAACAUAUAAAAUGAGACUGAAAAUGUUCAAAGGGACCAUAACAAAUGUGAGUGCUUACAAAACGCGAGUGAUGUUAAAAGUUGAGACAAUGUGCGCAUAAGGAUCGACCACGACGUCGACCGGGUCGGCCUGGGCCGCGCCCAGCGAUGGUAUGGAACUGGCGAACGGCAGCGAGUGGGGCGAGCGCUGGAACUCGACCGCGGCCCCCGACCACCCGGACCUGUACAACUACUGGGCAUGGAGCAUCAUGGACGGAGCCUUGAUGCUGCUCAUCGUCAGCGGCAACACACUCACCAUCCUCGCCGUCACCAUGAGCCGCCGGCUCUCCUCCCUCGUCUCUAACCAGUUCGUGCUCAACCUGGCCAUAUCGGACUUGAUGGUGGGGCUCACUCUGCCCUACCACCUCGUCUUCUACAUAGACGACGACUUCGGCCAGAUCAAGUGGUCGUGCCUGAUGAGGUUCAUACUCAUAAUACUCGCGUGCCUCGCCUCCAUUUACAACAUCAUCGCCAUCGCGGUAGACAGGUACAUAGCGAUCGUGCACCCGCUGCACUACAGCCGCUACAUGACGAAGGUGAUCACGCGGCUGCUCAUGAGCGCCACGUGGUCGGUGGCCGUGUGCAUCAGCUGCAUACCCGUGUUCUGGAACGACUGGGAGGAGGGCGUGGCCUGCGAGAUGAACGUGGUGGUGCCGAAGACGUACACGACGUCGAUCCUGGCGCCCAUGUUCUCGCUCAUCUGGAUGGUGAUGUUCGUGCUGUACUGGCGCAUCUGGCGCGAGGCCACGUGCCACGCGCGCCGCAUGCGCGCUAACACCUGCUGCCCCACCAGUGCCAACGAUUGGAAGAGCAUCCAGGUGGUCCUGCUGGUGUUGGGCUCCUUUUCCAUCUGCUGGAUGCCUUUCGUGGUGGUGGCGUGCGCGCAGACCUUGCCCAUCGAGCCCCUGCACAACCCCAUCGUGUACCGCCUCACGUCGUCGCUCGCCAUGUCCAACUCCGGCAUCAACCCCUUGAUAUACGCGUGGAAGAACGCCGGCUUCAGAGCUGCUUUCGCCAAACUGUUGCGGUGCAAGAGACCCGACACCUCGGAGUACAGGGGCUCCCCUGCGCCGGAGAGGAAGCGCGGCUCCGUGGCUCUGCGAGAGGGCUCCAUAACCCGGACGCCGACGGGCCUGUCGACUUUGGGAGGGAGGCCAGCGAGAUUGCUGUACGUGGAACGCGAGACAGACACCGCCAGGUGUCGGAUCAUCGAGAACGCUGGCUACGUGGAAGAGAGGGGCGACAGCAACCCGUCGUACGCGCCCGACGGCCCGACGCCCGUCCACAGGCCGGCGAGGACGCCCGACGCAGUGUAGUGUAACUGUUGUGGACGAUAAACGUUCAGUGGGAAACGUGAAACGCUUCUAGAUUUUAAUGUUGUUAGUGAGUAGGUACCCUGUCGCAUUUAAACGGUUGCUCAGCCUCGCUGUCAUGUCACGAAACCAACAAAAAAAUGUUAACCGCAAAGCAAUCAAGUGGUGUCGUACAAUAUUCAUUGCAUUGUAGAAAUGUAUUUACUCGUUAUAAACGAGUAUAGCGAUCGUGAAUGUGCUAAUGUGUCUCUACGUGAUCAUGCGGUGUAUUUAAGAGCUGAUAUUGUGUGAUAAACAUAUUGUAAGUUACAGAACUAAGCCAACACCGAGCACGUAUAUUUCAUGUUGUGAAAAGUCAGAGUGAUCGCAUAGCCGCACGCACCGCACGUACCAUAAGGUUGUCCACACACUAUAUUACUGUCAAUAAAGUAGGGUAAGGUAGUUCGGUUAUCGUACUAUGGCUUACAUCGUUUCACAGCAUUUGUAUAGCGUUACUUCCUACAGGGUACGUCUUAAUUAUAUUACGAUGUAUCGUGUAAUAGGUGUAUCUUGGUCAUUACAAUAAAAUUAAAGCUUCCUUAUCUGUGGUUUACAUUGCAAUACAAAUUAUAGAAAAUGAAAUAUAAUUAAAUU